GAGACUACAAAAGGCAGAGGGCCGCGCGCCCCGACACCUCCUGCUGGCGAGCUCUCGGGAGGCUCGGACCAACGCGGCCGAGCACCGGGAACAUUCCGCUCGUGGACCAGCCAGGCGCGGAGCGAUGCUGCGGGUGCGGUGUCUGCGCGGCGGGAGCCGCGGCGCCGAGGCGGUGCACUACAUCGGUUCUCGGCUUGGCAGAACCUUAACAGGAUGGGUGCAGCGAACUUUCCAGAGCACCCAGGCAGCUACUGCUUCCUCCCGGAAUUCCUGUGCAGCUGACGAUAAGGCCACUGACCCUCUGCCCAAGGACUGCCCUGUCUCCUCUUACAAUGAAUGGGACCCCUUAGAGGAAGUGAUCGUGGGCAGAGCUGAAAACGCCUGUGUUCCACCGUUCACCGUGGAGGUGAAGGCCAACACAUAUGAAAAGUACUGGCCAUUUUACCAGAAGCACGGAGGCCAUUAUUUUCCCAAAGAUCAUUUGAAAAAGGCUGUUACUGAAAUUGAAGAGAUGUGCAAUAUUUUAAAAAUGGAAGGAGUGACAGUGAGGAGGCCUGACCCCAUUGACUGGUCGUUGAAGUAUAAAACUCCUGAUUUUGAGUCUACGGGUUUAUAUGGUGCGAUGCCUCGAGAUAUCCUGAUAGUUGUGGGAAAUGAGAUUAUCGAGGCUCCCAUGGCAUGGCGUGCCCGCUUCUUUGAGUACCGGGCAUACCGGUCAAUUAUCAAAGACUACUUCCACCGUGGCGCCAAGUGGACAACGGCUCCUAAACCAACAAUGGCUGAUAAGCUUUAUGAUGAGAAUUACCCUAUCCAUUCUGUAGAAGACAGACACAAAUUGGCUGCUCAGGGAAAGUUUGUGACGACUGAGUUCGAGCCAUGCUUUGAUGCUGCUGACUUCAUUAGAGCUGGAAGAGAUAUUUUUGCACAGAGAAGCCAGGUUACAAACUAUCUAGGCAUUGAAUGGAUGCGUAGACAUCUUGCUCCAGACUACAGAGUGCAUAUCAUCUCCUUUAAAGACCCCAAUCCAAUGCAUAUUGAUGCCACCUUCAAUAUCAUUGGACCUGGUCUUGUGCUUUCCAACCCUGACCGACCGUGUCAUCAGAUUGAUCUUUUCAAGAAAGCAGGAUGGACCAUAGUUACUCCUCCAAUACCGGUCAUCCCAGAUGAUCACCCACUCUGGAUGUCAUCCAAAUGGCUUUCCAUGAAUGUCUUAAUGCUAGAUGAAAAACGUGUCAUGGUGGAUGCCAAUGAAGUCCCAAUUCAAAAGAUGUUUGAAAAGCUGGGUAUCAGUACUAUCAAGGUUAACAUCCGUAAUGCCAAUUCCCUGGGAGGAGGCUUCCACUGCUGGACCUGCGAUGUCCGGCGCCGAGGCACCCUGCAGUCCUACUUUGACUGACCGGGCCUGACAGUGCUUGCAACUUGGCCUCAGAUAAAUCUAGGAAGCUUAGGGAUAAGGUUGAUUCUCCCACUUUAAGAAGUGCAUGAACUGUAGUGCUUUAAACAAUCAUAUCUUUAACAGGGGUCUUAAGCCUGGUUUAUUUUUAUUACUUUUCUUUGAUAUAAGGAAAAUAACUUGUGCUAGGUCUUACUCUCUACUCCUAAAUUUAUUUACAAUUUGGCUUCAAGUAUAAACAUUUGGUGAAUGUGUAUUAAGACAAAAAUUAGUCAUUUCAGUAACUUGGCCACUAAUAUUUAACCAUCUACCUCUGUUUUUAAUUUUCUUUCCAAAAGGCAGCUUGAAAAGUUGGUCCUAAUCUUCAUUAUUUUUUUUCCUUUUUUCCAGACUUGUGAAUGUUUGUAUCACUUCUUUUUUCUAAAUGAGAGAAAGAUUUAGAAUGUAUACAGAUCUUAAGCAGAAACAGAUAAUAGUCUCUUUUUUCUAAUAAGGAAUUUUAGUAAUUAAAAAAUUUUCAUCUUUAAAAGAUAACCUAGACUAUGCAAACAUUUUAAGUGAAUUUCCCAUAAAUGUUUUUAAUAUUCUUAUUUCAACAUUGGUAAUAUUUGCUACUAAAAGCAUUUUCAUAAAACUUACCUCAUUUCAAGUGAUGUAGUUUAAUCCUUUUCUCUGUCCAAAUUUUACAGAAAUAUUUAGUGCAAUAGGUUAUAACUAUCAGUUCCAAUUCUAAAUUUUGCUAUCCAGUAUCUAGUGGAUACAUUGCUUCUUUGAUAAUCUAAGCUUGGUUUACAGAUGUGAAAAUUAUUUAAAGCACAGACUUUAAAAGCAUUAAAAAAACUAAUGGAGGUAAAACCUACAUGCAAUGUAAAAUAAUUUUAAUGUUGGGUUGUACGUGUAUUUUUAUUCUAAUAAACUUUUAUGUUACAGAAUUGA